GGUGUUAAAGAAAUCGUUUCUAGACUUUUUUUGUAUUUUUUAUUCUAGAAUCUAGACAAAUCAAAAUAAAAAGCAUAUAUGUAUAAUAUAUCAACUUAUCGUUUUUUAGGAUUUUAAUAUUUUAUACUUAUAACUUUAUAGUUACAUAUUUAUAUUUGUACAAAGGUGUAGAGUGAAGGUGCUUUAAAAUACUUAAUUUAUAAUUUAGUUUUUAAAAGUUUCUUAUAUUUUUUAAUUUAAUAAUAAUGAUGGUCUAACAUUUCAUAAAUUUCUCUCUGUAUAUUUCUGUAUAGUUCUGUUCUCGAACCAGCCCCCAGGAUGGGGAUUUACUUUGCCUGCGAAUUGAAUGAAAACCAGUCUCAAAAUCGCAUGUGAUCGCUGACCCGAAGAAAGACAACAAUUUUUUGUUGAAGAGUACCUGCACUCUACGUAUAGGAUCGGGUUUACCUAGGUGUCUUAAUACUUUAUUGGUUUUUUACGGCCAGUGGGGAAGCACAAUUAAUUAUUAACCGCAUCAAGGGUUCUUAUUUCAUUUUCGUGCAAAAAAAAAUCUACUACUACUACUUGCUAACCAAAUAUUGAACCGCUAAAUUGGCUUGGCAGAAACGCCCCCGAGUCGCUAACUUGUUGCUUCUUUUUCAAAUGAAUGAAGCGAAAAAAAACCCGCGGAAGUGAGUUAACGGUGUGAAACAGAUUGCUGACUUAUUUGGCCAACAUUUUGUUUUAUUUUUUGGCAAGGUCAAUGUCGGGUGGGAGCCGACUGCAGACUGGGCCAAAAACCAGCCGAGAAGAUCUCGAAUGGGCGUGAAUGCGGCGGCGGCGGCGGCGGCUUCUUGCAAACCUGUUGAUGACGUUUCGGCUUUUAGGUUUUUGCGUGUGUGUUCCGCUCGACCUGCGAUUAUUACUAUUAUUUCUUUUGUCUCGAAGGUCUGCAACUUUUUGGCCAAAAACCAAUUUGGAAAUUCACCUGAGAACAUUGUGGUAUAAAACAAAAUUGGGUUUUUCGAGCACUCUUCAGUUUCUAUUGUUUAUUAGCAUCUGACGGAUGCUACGUAUACGUAAUGUUUCCUCCCGCGCGCUUAACUUUGCUGAUCCUUCUGAUUUCGGUGGCGAAUGGCCAGAAAAGUAAAUCCCGCGUGAAUCGUCCUCAGGGCAGGACCUUGGGCCUGCUAACGCCUUUGUUGUUGGGUGGUGGAGGACCUCUUUUCGAUGUCCCGCCACCUCCGCCGCCUGUAAGACCCUCGGGAGGAUCCUCUUCUUCGGCGGGAACGCAAUCGGAUCCAUCGGAUUCCUACUACGGCAACAACUACCAAAACUAUGGAUAUAGACCCAAUUAUGGCUAUGGCUAUGGAUAUCCCAGUUAUGGCUACAACUAUGGUUACCCCAACUAUGGGUACUAUGGGUAUUACAGGCCCAGUUACAACUAUGGAGGUUACCAGAGACCUCAGCCCUAUCCAGGAAACUAUUACGGAUACAGACCAAAUUACGGAUCAUAUGGAUCGGCUUCAGUGGGAGGUUAUCCUGCGAAUGGAGGUUAUGGCAGUGCCGCUGCAGUCUCCAGUAAUCCCACCUCAUCCUUGGGAGUGGGAGUUUCAUCCGGAGCUGUUCCUGGAGCUGGUAACUCCCAACUGUCCACGGCACAGGCUGCCCAGUUGGCAGGACUUUUGGGCCAGGCUCUGGGCAGCAGUCUGCGCCCACUCCUGGCCAACGGGGGCGCGGCAGGAGCUACCAGUGCGGGCGCUAAUCCUCAGGCUUUGAGCGGCUUGCUCGGACUACUGGGCUAAGCCAUAAAAAACAGUAUUAGUAUUAGCAGUAGUCGAUGGUGUCAUUGAAUGUUGUUUACACAAGACAUACUAUUCUUUAUUUGCUUUGAUUUGAAUAUGCACUGAAAGAGAUUGGCUAGCCUUCAGGUGACUAAAUAUGCCAUUUUUAUGAUGAAUUAGUUAAAAGCCAACUAUAGAUUUAAGUUAAUGUUGUUAUAUGUUUUUUUUUUGAUUUUGAAAUCCAUCAAAUCACCCAACAUUUGUUACUGUGUAGUCACCUAGCCAGUAGUUUUUCCACUGCGCUGUGUGAAUUACUUUAAAUAAAAUAUCUUUGUUGUUGAAAUGGAAUCUCCGAUGGGUCAGGGCUCAAACGGGUCUACAAGAUGCGGCUAAAAAUAAAUUUCAAUUAGUUGG